AUGUCGAAAUCCAACCUCACUCUUCAGAGUUCUGAUGGCGAGGACAUCGUCGUUGAGCGUGAGGUCGCAGAGCGAUCAAUCCUCAUCAAGAACAUGGUUAGCGAUCUUGGAGAAGAGGCCAUGGACGAGGCCAUUCCAAUUCCCAAUGUCAAUGCCGCUGUCCUGAAGAAAGUCAUCGAAUGGUGCACCCAUCACAAGCAUGACCCACCCUCCACCAAUGAAGACGACUCGGACUCAAGGAAGAAGACCACGGACAUUGAGGAAUGGGAUCAGAAAUUCAUGCAAGUAGACCAAGAAAUGCUUUUCGAAAUCAUCCUUGCUGCCAACUACCUCGAUAUCAAGGCCCUACUUGAUGUCGGUUGCAAGACCGUCGCAAACAUGAUCAAGGGCAAGUCACCAGAAGAAAUUCGCAAAACCUUCAACAUUCAAAAUGAUUUCACUCCCGAGGAGGAAGAUCAAAUUCGUCGCGAGAACGAGUGGGCCGAGGAGUAA